GUUUGCUCACCUAUAAAAGCGAAAGCUACUUUAGUUAUAACCAACAGUCAACAUUUAUUGAUCAACCAUCGAAGAUGUAUCUGCCCAGUGUUUUCUUCCUGCUCGUUGCCAUUGUGGCCAACAAUUUUGGCCAAAUCGAGGCACUUGGUGGUGGCACCCAGGAGGGCAAUGACUAUACGUGGGGAACCAAGGCGACUACCGAUACACUAAUUGCCCGGGAAGUGGUUUCCGCCAAUAAAAUGAUGCUGCAAACCAAUACGAGGACAUAUACACUUACCCAGGCGGGUACGGCCAAGACUAUAUCGUAUAUAGCCAUAACGGAUCUGAAGCGUAAGAGGGGAGCAACGGCAGCCAUAACUGCAGGUGGAGUUGGUGACACAACGGUGACAAUUAAGUUUACAUCGGCACGAGGAGCUAGCAUUAAGUCGCAGGUGGAAAUAUGGGGAGCCUAA